AUGGCAACCAAUGAUAAAAAACACGUAAUGUUAUCGUAUCAGUGGGAUAAUAAAGAAUUAGUAUUAGGGAUUUAUAAUUAUUUGAAAGCACAAAAUAUUCGUGUUUGGAUGGAUGUUCAAGGGGGAAUGAAGACACAUUUAGCCGAAAGCAUGGCUGAAGCAGUGGAAAAUGCUGCUGUUAUUUGCUGUUUCUUAACACCCAAAUAUCAAGAGUCUAAAAACUGUAAACUUGAACUCCAAUAUGCCGUUGGUCGAAAUGUUCCAGUUAUACCGUGUAUGAUGAGUGCCAGUUAUAAACCAUCAAAUUGGCUUGGUAUUACAUUAACUGAUCUUAUUUGGCUUAACUUUCGUCAGCUAUCAAAUGAUAAUAUGAAUUUGAAAGGGGCCGAGUUGAUCGAUCGAAUUCAUCUAUGUGUGGGCGAUAAGUUCGAUUCAUUAUUGGAUCAACAGAUUCCGGUCCAAAAAGAUGAUAAACCAAAACCAAGACUAAUAAAAUCAGCAACUAUUGGUGAGACAAAAAACAAUUCUGUAUCGAAGCGUCCGUCUUCAGCCGUACUCAAAUUAGCUACCCAGACCAUUCCAGAAGUACCUUUUAUUGAUUACAGCGUUGAUUACAGUACCAGAAUACCAAAACCAGUUCGUGAAGGACCAGAAAUACAUGUUGGUGAUCAUAAACUAACGAAAUAUAAAUGCGAAGGUGAUUCAAUUGUUCGUUUAAUACUUGGUAGUAAUGUACUGGUUACAUGUAAUCAAGAGUGGUUUAGUCAUGAUCAAAAGUUUACUAAUUUUCUUUUUAUACCGAAAAUAACAUUUUCAAAUACAAAUGCUAAACCAGUGUCUAUUACUGAAGUGAGAGGUGAAUAUGAAGAUCACGAUCAUUCAUGGAAAUUAUGUAAAGAUGUUAAAAUCGGUCCAACAACAAAUGAUGAUGAAUACAAAUGGAAUGGUGAUACAAUCGUUAAUUUAGGAGCAAAUAAAUUAAUCGGUUUUGCUGUUCGGUUAGAUAUUGAAGUAAAUGGUGAACCAGGCAUUGAUAACAUCCGACGAGCAAGAGCACACAAAAGUUUACCACAACCGUUGAAACUGAAAAUAAUAGUGGAAGAUACGGAUAAUAAAGAAUGUAGUUUAAUUGUUGAACAACAAAAUACACUGCUUGAAUUACCAACAAAAGAAAGUGCUAUAUCUGAUUGGACGGACAAAGAUGAUGGUGAAGGACUUCGAGAAAUAAUUGCAUUUGUUUAUGCCGAUGAUUGUGAAACAGAUCAGCGUACAUUUGUUUCUAUGUAUAUCGAUAACGAUGGAAACACAAAUAUUCGAUGUGGCCAAAGUGUCAGCAGUGGAACAACCUGGUAUUUGAAUAAUGAAAGGGUAGAAUCAUUACAAUCGGAGGCUAGAGAAAAGAAUGUUAAUGAAAUCUCUAUCGAAGAGCAAAACGGAAAUGUAUUAGCCCUGUUUGAUCCAGAAAACGAGUAUAGAAUGUACGCAAUACGAAUUGAAAUAACAACUGCAACAUCAAAAACCGUUCAAACGUUGUUAUUACCACCAGUGACGUCAGCAAAAUUGGAGAAUCUCCCUAAAGUUUUGCCCUUAGAUUCAGUCAAAUUACGACCAAUCCGCACAUGA